UUUUGCAACAAGGGGUACUUUAUGUGAAAUGUAAAAUAUUCGUUUGUUACAAAUAAAAAGAAACAAAUGUAUUAUAUAAAUAUCACAAAAGGCAAGGAUAUAAAUGUCAAAGUUGAUGCAAAGAUUAAAAUAUCAUUAACACAGUAAGAUUGUACUUUUACGACUCUAAUACAAGCAAAUUCUUCUUAAGAAAUCUUUUUUUCUUUUUUUGUUUUGUUUUGUUUUUGUUUUUUUUGUACUCGUACUAUUCUCUUGUGCUAAGCUUUUCGAAGUAUCUCUUUGUAUGGAAGAAUAUUCAAAAUCUUUGUAAGUUUUUCAAAUUUUUAUAUAAAUAUAUCGCCUAAACUAGCUUCACCUAUGAUCCUCAAAUGAUAAGUGUUUGUCAUCCUCGACCUCCAUUGAUAAAGAAUUUCCAAACUCCACCAUUAAUAAGAGAGAAUAACGAGUUAACUUCCUCGAAACGCCCCUUUUAUCGUCCCCCAACUCCAAAAGUAUUUAAAUGACAAUUUUACCCCGACGACAUUUGUGAAAAGAUUUAAAAACCCUCUUGAGAACUUGUACUUCUAUUUUCUCCUCCAAUUUGUUUGCUAGUUUAGUGAUUACGAGUAGUUCAUUACUCCAAAUAAAAAGCGGGAAAAGAGAACGAAGGAGAGAGAAAGAGUUGCGCAGAGACAAGAAAAUGGCGCCAUUGUUACAGAGCUCUCAACCUUGGGUUGAAAAAUAUCGGCCGAAGCAAGUGAAGGAUGUUGCACACCAAGAUGAAGUGAUUCGAGUUCUUACCAACACCCUCGAAACCACCAAUUGUCCUCACAUGCUAUUCUAUGGUCCACCUGGUACCGGAAAAACCACCACUGCUCUUGCCAUUGCUCAUCAGCUUUUUGGGCCCGAACUUUACAAGUCCAGGGUGCUUGAGUUGAAUGCUAGUGAUGAUCGUGGCAUCAAUGUUGUUCGUACCAAAAUAAAAAAUUUUGCUGCGGUUGCUGUAGGUUCUGCACAACGAGCAGGGGGUUAUCCUUGCCCACCUUAUAAAAUUAUCAUUCUAGACGAGGCAGAUUCCAUGACAGAAGAUGCUCAGAAUGCAUUGCGUCGAACAAUGGAAACUUACUCCAAAGUUACAAGAUUCUUUUUCAUCUGUAAUUAUAUUAGCAGGAUCAUAGAGCCUCUGGCUUCAAGGUGUGCCAAGUUUAGAUUUAAACCACUUCCGGAAGGCAUAAUGAAAAGUCGAAUUUUGCAUAUAUGUGGAGAAGAAGGCAUCAAUCUGGAUUCUCAGGCACUUACUACGUUGAGUUCCAUUUCACAAGGUGAUCUUCGUCGGGCCAUUACAUACUUGCAGGGAGCUGCUCGCUUAUAUGGAUCAUCCAUAUCCUCCAAGGACUUAAUUAGUGUGUCUGGGGUCAUACCAGAGGAAGUUGUGCAGUAUUUGUUGGCUGCUUGCAAGAGUGGUAACUUUGAUUUGGCUGACAAAGCAGUGAAUAAUGUCAUUUCAGAAGGCUAUCCAGUUUCCCAGAUGAUCUCUCAGUUAUUUGAUAUCAUCGUGGAAGCUGAUGAUUUGUCAGAUGAGCACAAGGCAAGGAUUUUCAAAAAAUUAGGUGAAACAGACAAGUGUCUUGUUGAUGGAGCAGACGAGUAUUUGCAGUUGCUAGAUGUUGCUGGUAACAUCAUGCGCGCUUUCUGUAACAUGGCUCAAGAUUUCUCCAAUUAGACCUGUUGGCUUCAUAGUAUACAGUGAAGUUUCUGAUGUAUGAAAUGAAAGUCAGAUGGAAUUUUUUGAGACAUCAUGAUAGAAAGAUUCUUGCCUCGUAUCUUCCUGUUAAAAUUUUUGGGCAACAAUCUAAAUUUGACUACAAAGGACUUGUGAAAAAUUGAUAUAUAAUCUAAAUAAUCAUCCUUUAUAUAAGAGGUUGGUUUGAA